AUGAGCACCAAUCCCUCUCACAUCCUCAUCGCGCGACAUUCUCGAGGCCCAAACACGCCGUCUGCUUCCCUCAGCUCUCCGACAGAAACACACGCAGCGGCGGCGGGUAUAUUCCGCGCGACGGGCUCCCCUCCAUGGCUGCUCGAGGAAUGCGAGACCGACGAUAUCGUCUCCGACCUGAGCAUCGAUUCUGACGACCUGGCCAUUGAUCUCGAUGAGACGUUCACAAAGAAUAGCAGAUUUCCUGGCACGGUGAAGAUCAUCGUCGAGACCACUACAUUCUGGGCACACAAAGAGGUCCUCUUCUUCUCGUCCCCAUUCUUCGAGGCAGCUCUUAGUGGGAACUGGGCAGAGACUGGACGACCUCCAUCUAUGUCGUCCGUUAUUACCAUUUCCCAGCCACCUUCGAAUCCAGGGGACAAAGGCAACCGCGAAGGUCCUACUGAGAUGACCUUCGCGCCAAUGGACCCGGACGUAUAUCCGGACGAUCUCGAGAUUCUGGUACCCGGGGAACUCGCCGGGACGGAGCCCACUACUUCAAGUGACUCCGAGGAAGGUGAUUCAGCAAAGGAGGAGAGAGCUAAAGCCAGAAACUCGAGCCUGGCAAAGUUACAGGGCACUUCAUCUCGAUCCUCUACAGAUAAUAUUAGCCUUGAAGUCCCCACUACCGCUAAAUCCACCACCCAGGGUGCUCUCAAACGACGUCUCAGGAACGGCCCCGACGCAGUUAUUGUUCUCAAAGAAGAACGCGCCAGUACCUUUCACGACUUUCUCAAAUUUGUUUAUCCUCACCUCGUUUGCACUAUAACAUGGAACAACGUCGAAGGGCUCAUGAAUAUCUCGCAUAAACUCUCGGUGCCGUCCCUACAGCAAGAAUGCUUGACCUUCUUGCUCAAAAGUGCGGCCGGCAGACCGAUUAAAGCCCUUCGCAUCGCAGAGCUCUUCGAGGAAGAAGAACUAUAUCGAGAAGCUAGCCGAUUCGUCUUGGACAACCCUGGGGGGUGGUCGGAGCAUGAGCUAAAUACACUGAGCCAAGAGACACUGCUUAAAUUAGAAAAGAGACGGAAUUGGUUCCUUGAGCGAGUGUUGAAGUUGGGCCUUACAUUGAUCGCGAAAGAAUACCAGUGCUGCCCAUCUUGUCCAGAUUCAACCAAUUGUGCUCGCCUCUUAGAAGAGAAGUGGCGACAAGCCUACCAUGCCGUCUUCAGAUUCGGACCUCCACAACCUUCAAUGGUCUUUCGGUAUCUUCGUAUGCUCGAAGGAGUCAGCCCACCGUUAGCCCUGAGCCAUCUUGCCUGCCAGACUAGUGCCAAAGCCUUCAUUGCAACACUUUUUGAUAGGAUGUUCUCCCUCGGUGUUCGGGGGAGCGGCACAGAGUCCGCGCCACUAGGUGCGCGAGUCGCCGCCGCCGCCGCAGUUGCUGGAGGGGUAACCGGUCCCCGCCGCCACUUCCUUUACUGUUCGUUAAAGCCAGAGAUUGUGACCCGUCCAGUGCCGCGUGCAAGGGAAUGA